CCCGACCAGUGGGUGGGAGCAGGCACCGGGGCAUUCGGGAAUCGCGGGUCGCCCAGCCUAGCCGUCGUCAGAGGACGCGCAGAGCUUCCGGAAAAUCGCGGGCCAAUUCGCAGAGAACCCGCUUUCGAAUACGUGGCCCGCAUCGUCGAGUGCAGAAGUGCUGUGAAGGUGGACUUCGCAGUGAGGGAGGAUGGGAUGGAUCGGCGCCGAACACUUGGAAGAUCGGACGGCCGGAAACGCGAUCAAUGUCUGCCCUAGAGCAAUUUGUGUACACUUCAGUGUCAAGGAUCCCUCCCUUUGAAGAUCGAGGUAGCUCCGCUGGUCCCUCCUCGUCAGGCAGUCUGAGGAGCACAGUCUCUUUUCGGAUCGGAAUCGAUCUUCGAGUGCAGAUUUUGGAUUGUGAGGUCAAUUACUUGAGCACCCGCUCGUGAGCUCGACGGUGUUGGUCGGUUGACGUCCUGCGGUGGUAUAUCGGUCGUUUUCUCGGGAGAAUUGCGUCGCGUCGCAGCGGUGUGUCUGUGCUUGUUGUAAGUGUUCAAGCUUUUUAGAAGCCUUUCGUCUUCCUCGUCAAAAGAGUUGGUAGUCUGCAAACAUGCCGAAGAACAAGGGAAAGGGAGGAAAGAAUCGCAAGAGAGGAAAGAACGAGGCCGAGGACGAGAAGCGAGAGCUGGUUUUUAAGGAAGAUGGACAGGAGUACGCGCAGGUCCUGCGUAUGUUGGGAAACGGGCGUUGUGAAGCUCUCUGCAUAGACGGUACCAAGCGGUUGUGUCAUAUCCGAGGAAAGAUGCACAAAAAAGUUUGGAUUGCUUCCGGUGAUAUCAUUUUGGUCGGUCUACGAGACUACCAAGACGAUAAGGCUGAUGUUAUUCUUAAGUACCAACCCGACGAGGCUAGGUUAUUGAAGGCUUAUGGUGAGCUGCCUGACAACGUCCGUCUCAACGAGGGUAUUGCGGGUGGUAUGGACGACGACGAGGAUGGCGAGGGCGAUGACUACAUCGAGUUCGAGGACGAGGAUAUCGACAGGAUAUAGACGUCUCACACAUCGGAUCUCGCUGUCCAAAAGCCGAGUGAACCUCUGCACAAUACUUGGACGGAGAUUUCCUGUGUUUAUAUGGUAUGUACGCGCUCAGCUGAAAUCUCUGCCACAUCAAGCGCUACUUAUUAGCAGCGAGCCCCCUGAUUCUUGGUGUGGAGGCUGCAGUGAUCUUGACAUAAGCACGCAACUUGUUGAACAUCAAGUUGAUGUUCGUCCCUUGUGGUGACAGGCACCCCAUUUGUUGACUUAUGGGGUUUUUUCUUUCUGUAAAUCAUAUAUUAGAGUGCUUCAUGUUCCUCGGUGCCGAAUGGCCUUCUUAGCUUGCUGCGAAGUUGGGCUUGCCGUGACAGGGGCUGUGGUAUUGAUGACUAUGUACGAGUUUUAGAUUAAAUUGGGUAACCGAGCUGCAAUGGCCGUCUUUCCACGACAACGUUGCUUGUAUCUUUACCUACCUUGAAGUGGAAAUUCUGGCUCCCAUGAGUAUUUUUGC